CUUGCCUCCUAGACGCUCUCUCACCGCAUCUAAGGUGGAUUUUGAAAGGCUCCCCGCAACAGGCGGAGGUGGAGCGCUGGCUGCCGCUUUCGACUGGCGGUGCGAACGGGCAGGUUCCGCUUGAGAGAUCCUGGCUACUGCUGGUAAUGGGCGGCUGUUGAUGCGCUGGAAGUUGGGUCUGAAAGAAGGCAAGAAGGCGAUGGGAAGGAACUGACUUGUGCCUUGCGCCCCAGGUCCCGGAUUCUGUCAUGUAAAGGCGCACUGAGUGCAAAAGGUGGACUUUCCAAGGAGCAAGCAGCAAACAGGAGUGAAACAUGCCUAGAUCUAGAAAAAAUGGGAUAUAAAGAUUUUAUAUUUCAACUCUGAAAUAUCCUUGGUGAUCUUCUGGAAUGGAAGAACUUUGACACUGGGCACUAUCAACACUAAAGAAGACACCAAUCAAUUUGUGUAGGCCAGAGAAGAUGAAUCACACAAACUUCACUCCAGAAGCCAAUGUGGCUGUCAGUUCGAAAACUGUCACUGAAAACAUGCUUAUUACCCUGACUCUGUCCAUAAUUACAACCUUGACAAUGCUGCUCAACUCUUCUGUCAUUUCGGCAAUCUGCACGACAAAGAAGCUCCACCAACCUGCAAACUACUUAAUAUGCUCACUGGCUGUUACAGACUUGCUUGUUGCUGUUUUGGUCAUGCCGUUGAGUAUUGCGUACAUAGUGAUGGAAAGAUGGACUUUGGGAUACUUCCUCUGUGAGAUAUGGCUGAGCAUAGACAUGACCUGUUGCACAUGCUCAAUUCUGCAUCUUUGCGUCAUUGCACUGGAUAGAUACUGGGCAAUUACAGAUGCGAUUGAAUACGCCAGGAAGAGAACCGCAAAAAGAGCUGGAGUUAUGAUCUGCACUGUGUGGACAAUUUCCACCUUCAUUUCCAUGCCUCCUUUGUUUUGGAGAAACCACCACAGUAACACCAAUUCCAGCGAGUGUCAGAUUCAACACAACCAUGUAAUUUAUACCAUUUACUCCACGUUUGGGGCAUUUUAUAUCCCUUUGACCCUCAUACUGAUUGUCUAUUACAGAAUUUUUCAUGCUGCAAAGAGUCUUUACCAAAAACGUGGGUCGAGCCGACAUCUCAGCAGCAGGAGCACUGACAGCCAAAACUCUUUUGCAAGUUGUAAGCUCACUCAAACGUUCUGUGUCUCAGACUUCCCCACAUCUGACCCAACCAUGGAAUUUGAUAGGAUGCAUGCUUCAGUGAAGACCUUCGACAACGAUCUGGAUCUAGUUGGAGACCGUCAACAGAUUUCCAGUGUACGGGAGCGGAAGGCUGCUCGCAUUCUUGGCCUCAUUUUAGGUGCAUUCAUUUUGUCUUGGCUGCCAUUUUUUAUUAAGGAGCUGAUUGUGGGCCUUCAGCUUACCACCGUAUCUUCAGAAGUGGCUCAUUUUCUGACAUGGCUUGGUUAUGUGAAUUCCCUUAUCAAUCCUCUCUUGUAUACUAGUUUUAAUGAAGAUUUUAAACUUGCUUUUAAAAAACUCAUUAAAUGUUGGGAACACUCUUAA